GAGAAUCGCCGUCGGGCUAGGCGAGUGUGCAUCGAGCAUGAUGAAGUCCCGUAGUUUCCACCGUACGCUUUUUCCUUGAGUAGCCGUAUUUCUCACGCGCGGCGGAGUGACGACAAUCUAAUCGCGCAUUCCCAGCGGCGGCGAAGAUUCCGGGCUGUGCUCCGCAUCGUCGCUAGUUGUCAGCCUCUACUUGUGGCCUGGCACGAGAGGGCGCUCCGUUCACCCCUGUCACUUAGCGCCAGCUGCGAACUCGGCUUGAAUUCCCGUGCGCAUCGCAAUGCAGAUUGAUUCGUGACGUAAUUUGAUGGGGUUGGGACUUCCCACGUGGCUCCGAGGGGGCGGGAGAAUCUAAUUUCAUUGUAGAAGGACGCUCACAUUGGAGACGCGAUGGCGACUUUCGCGAUUCGCUACUUAAUCGUGGUCAUGGUUUGUGUAGCAUUCGCCUUGGAUUCCGCCUCCCGAUCGUCCAUGAGUAUCACAAUCAUUGCCAUGGUCAACCAGACGAAUAUCACUCACCAUGAUCCUAUGCUGCGGCACCUGGCCGAAAAUUUUCAGAUCGAGCAUCCGGGCCGCCUGUCUUGGGAUGCAACCCUGCAAGGAUGGAUCCUGAACUCGGUCUAUAUUGGAAUUCUGCUGUCUUUGAUGCCUGCGGGACAUUUGGCGGAAUCAUUUUCCCUCAAAUGGGUGCUGGGAUACGGUGUUUUCUUCAUGUCACUCAUUAGCUUGUGCGCACCUUUCAUCGCCAAAUGGAGCCCGUACGCGUUCAUAGCGUCCCGGGUCCUCAGCGGUGUUGCCGCGGGUGUCAUCCUCCCGGGCGCAAAUGCCCUAAUUUGUCGCUGGAGCCCGAUACAGGAGCGGACCCUCAUGAUCACAUUCGCGUGCUCAGGCUGGAGCAUCGGUCCGAUCGUAGCCAACAUUCUAGCAGGAAUAAUUUGUGACAAGUUGGGUUGGGAGUAUGUUUUUUAUUGUACCGGCGCCGUUGGCGUGAUUUGGUCUCUGUUGUGGUAUUUCGUUGUGGCAAGCUCUCCGGAGAAGCACUGGUGGAUAUCCGAAGAAGAGAAAAUGAAAAUUCUCGAGGAACGAGAGGGAAAUUUCGAAAGGAAUCGACACAUUCCAUGGUCGAAAAUCAUUCGUUCUGGUCCCGUCAUCGUCCUAUGCUUUCGGACAUUUUGCGUCAAUAUAUUUUACGCGAUAUAUUUCACUUACAUACCUUCGUUCCUCGCUCAUAUGUUCAGCCUCAGCCUCUCGGACAUCGGCUGGGUGAAUGGGAUCUCGAACGUGUCAACGACGAUCGUGGCGCUCACUUCAUCGGCCUUAGCGGAUCGACUCCUGCAAGCGGAAUGUUCGAUCAACGGCGUCCGGAAAACCUUUGCUACUCUAGCAACGAUCGGGCCUGCGGCUCUGAAUCUGCUGAUGACGGAAGUCGGGCAGGACCUCAAGCUCGUUGUGAUAAUCUUAAUCGCAACCUGUAUCGUCUGGGGUACGUACGGCGGUUCAGACAUGGCGUUGCCAAUGGAUCUCGCAGCUGAGUACGCCGGCGCAGUGAGUGCUCUGCUGAAUGUCUUCGCGAAUCUCGCUCUCGUGCUCGUGCCCAUCGUCGUGGGUUGGUACAUUGAUGAAACGGAGGAUAUCAAACAUUGGCGCAUCAUCUUCAUUGUGGGAUCGAUCAUGAAUGUUGUUGGAGCUGUCGUUUUCUUGUUCUUCGGAAGUGCUGAAGCUCAGGACUGGUCGGCCGCGAUCGAUGAAACCGACGACGAGCAGGCACUUGUUGAUCCACUCUAGCGCUCGGUGAACGGCGCAUACUCCCGGAACGUGUAAAAAACCUUCAAGAGCGUGACGCCACCCAAGGAUCGCUCGAAUUUCCUCGGCUGGUGGAAUCCUCCGGGGAUGUAUAUAGUCCAGUCAAUAUCCAUGCCUUCCAGAACCUCAGCCGACUUGAAUUCGGGUCAAUCCAGGACACUCUGGAUUGAGCACGGAGUCCGUGUCCGAACGACGAAUUUUCUUCGAAAGAGAUCGAUGGGCUCCAUCAUCUUGUGAUAGUUUGAAUCCGAAUCGGGGAGGUCAUGGUUCUUGAUAGGAAGAAGAACUCUGAGAUUAUCGGAGUUUCCCGAGGUAGACUGUUACCACAUAGCGACCGCAUAUUUUCGAACCGUAUUUCCGUAGGACAUUUCGAGCUGAAGUUUGCUUACGAGUAAUGGAAUAAAUUAAGAUUGA